AAUUCCCACUUGUUGUGGAGACAAUCUGACCAUACUUACUGGUUGGUGUGCUCUACAGUCUUGGCUUCUGGUAUGCCCUAUCAACUCCGACACUCCCCGUGUCUGUAAUGCGGCGCUCAGUGGACUCACAGUAGAGUCAAUCCUUCAAGUUGUUAUCAAAGCUUUUGCGAACCCCAUGAGUAUAAUCAGACAAUUAUUUGGCGUCUAAGUGGAUGGCAUCGAUCCAAAUUCGAGGACGUGAUUAUAUUCUUACAACGGUUGCGAGUUUUGGUAAUAUGUAAUCUUUCUGGCCCACAAUUUAGUAAAAGAUAUGGCGGUGGACACUUCUACUCCGGCCCUCACUUCUGCAAUUCCACACACCAAGCAGGAAACAAAAAAAACCCUACCCAUAAAAGCUUGGUAUUACAACGAAAACGAUGAUCACCCGAGCAAGCCUCACCAGUAUUCUCCCAAUCGAGAAGUGUCGACCGAUCAUCUCCAGAAGCUGGGGGUCCUCACAUGGACCGAAAUCGAAGCCGACGGUUAUGAACAAAAUAAAUUCCUGAACAAAAUUAAGGUUUCACGCUGUUACAGCUACGAGGAGGUAAUAACUGUAGCGCCUGGAAAGCUACCGAAUUUUGAGGCGAACACGAAGAAGUUUUUUAUGGAGCACUUGCACGACCACGAGGAGAUUCGAUUCAUACUCGAUGGCAUAGGCUAUGAGGAUGUGCGGGAUUUCGACGGACAAUGGAUCCGAAUCGAGAUUAAGAAGGGUGAUCUCAUAGUGUUGCCACCUGGCAUGUACCAUCGCUUCAUUCUGGAUGAGAAGAAAUACCUCAAGGCGCUUCUGUUGUACCAAGGAACACCGAGUCGAAUACAGUUUGAAAAGAACCCCGAGACCGACGCCAUGGAAGUCCGGGUGGCCUACGUCAAUUCAGUGCUGGGGCCGGAGCUGGAGUCGCCGCCGGAAAAGCAGCACAUCGCCGAGCCGGAGAACCACGCCUUGGCAGCGGCAGUAAAAGCUAUGGAAGCAAUCAGAGUGUGAGAGAAUUGUUGUAUGUACUAAUAAUUUCACUACCUUCAGUUAGCCUCAGUGGUAAAUGCGCGCUGUACAUCAAGGAACAUGUGUGGACCUCUCCCUAGCUGCAGUUAUCCGCAACAAGGUUUAAUUUAGCGAUGUGGGGUCAGUUGAUACAUCUUACGGACGCGCUUACCUGCUUCGGCUGCAGACUACCAGGUGUUUGUAUGUUAAAUAACAGGGCAUCUCGUAUCUGGGCUUCAGUGUACUUCAAACUCUCAUGUCCAGAAUAAGGAUAACUACCUCUUAGAUCCGUUGAGCGGCACAUUAUAAACAAUGUUUUCUUCAA